UUGCUACUGCUGGCGGUUCGGAGGGUGACAAGAAGAAGCCAGCUGAAGGGGAGAAUAAGUCCAAGCGCAAAAUGAAGACGGCUUCUCAGCUUGAGGUUCUUGAGAAAACAUAUGCUGUGGAAGCAUACCCGUCAGAGGCAUUAAGGGCUGAGCUCUCGGUACAGUUAGAGCUCUCUGAUCGUCAGCUGCAGAUGUGGUUCUGCCAUCGGCGAUUGAAGGACCGGAAGGGCACACCAGGGUCAGGAAAGCGCCAACUACGCAAGGAGUCUCCACCUCCUCCUACUGCACCACCUGUAGGGGAGGAAGUGGUUGCUGCCAGUGAGCCAUAUAGGGAGCAUCUGUCAACAGCCUCUACUUCACUAUCGAGUCCAUUCAGUCAUCUGACGGAUCCAAGACGGCUAGUGGUUAGGACCCCGGGAGUGGCUGUUCCCAGGAUCAGUGGUGAUCUGUCGACAAUGAAGAGGUAUUAUGAGCCACAGCACUCUGUUGCCGAGCUUAGAGCAAUAGCAUUUGUUGAGGCACAGUUGGGGGAACCAGUGAGGGAGGAUGGUCCAAUUCUCGGCAUGGAAUUUGACUCCUUGCCACCAGAUGCAUUUGGCGCACCUAUAGGGUCUGCUGCUACGGUGGGGCAUCAGAAGUCAUCAGGACGACACUUCGAGGCCAACAUGUAUGAACGAUCUGAUGUGAAAUCUAUCAAGGUUGGGCGUGCUGGAUUCUACAAGGAAUAAUUUUGGGUCCUACCAGAGCACUGCAGGAGUACCAAUUUCUUCCACAGCAGCCAAGUGUUAGGGCAGAUGGAUAUGAGCGAAUUGCCCCGUUGUACCCGUAUGAUUCCCCUUCUGAUAGUCAUAUUACAAAAACCAUACCAUUGCCUGUGGAACACCCCUUCAUGCAUGGGAACGAGCACUCGUCCUCAGGAUAUGGAUUUCCAGGUCAAGUGCCCAGUUUAAGUCUAAUGCCCCAGGAAGUCCGGCAGGGUCAUCAUCUCUUACCAUCUUCUUCAGGAGAGUUUGGAACUGCACCACGAAGGAACUUGUUUGCAAACAUGGGAAUGGAUGCACAACUUGGUCCUCAUGCUAUCACUGGUUUGGACGAUCCAUUUACAUCAUCCGACAGGCGAGCUAAUCAUGUUGACGAUGUUUUGCGCAUGGAAAGGAAACGAAAGAGCGAGGAAGCAAGAUUAGCACGGGAAGUUGAAGCACAUGAGAAGAGGAUUCGGAAAGAGCUCGAGAGGCAGGAUAUUUUGAGGAAAAAGAGAGAAGAGCAAGUAAGGAAGGAAAUGGAAAGGCAAGAGCGUGAAAGACGGAAGGAAGAAGAAAGAUUGUUGCGUGAAAAGCAGAGAGAAGAAGAGAGAUACCAGAAGGAGCAAAGGCGUGAAAUGGAGCGGAGAGAGAAGUUUUUGCAGAAGGAAUCUCUCAAAGCUGAGAGAAUGAGACAAAAGGAAGAAUUGCGCAGAGAGAAGGAGGUAGCCAGGCAAAAGGCUGCUAUUGAGAGAGCUCGUGCCCGCAAGAUUGCAAAAGAAUCUAUGGAGCUCACUGAGGAUGAAAAGCUAGAACUCAUGGAGCUAGCUGCAUCAAGCAAGGGGUUGCCUUCAAUGCUUUCUCUUGACUUUGAAUCUUUGCAAAAUCUUGAUUUAUUUAGAGACAAGCUGGCAACAUUCCCUCCCAAAUCUGUGCCUCUGAAGAGGCCUUUUGCAGUGGAACCAUGGAGCAACUCGGAGGAAAAUGUAGGGAACCUUCUUAUGGUCUGGAGAUUCAUUAUUACUUUCACUGAUGUUCUUGGUCUAUGGCCAUUCACUUUUGAUGAGUUUGUCCAAGCUUUUCAUGAUUACGAUCCAAGGCUAUUGGGUGAAAUACACGUGGCUCUGCUGAAAUCCAUCAUCAAAGAUAUUGAAGAUGUGGCUAGGACACCAGCCACUGGCCUUGGAGCAAACCAGACCAGUAGUGGUAAUCCUGGUGGUGGACAUCCACGGAUUGUUGAAGGGGCAUAUGCAUGGGGUUUUGAUAUACGCAAUUGGCAGCGCCACUUAAAUUCACUCACAUGGCCUGAAAUAUUGAGGCAAUUCAGUCUUUCUGCAGGAUUUGGGCCACAACUGAAGAGAAGGAAAAUUGAGAAUCCAUAUCUGCGCGAUGACAAUGAGGGUAAUGAUGGUGAAGCUGUAAUUAGUAAGUUACGAAAUGGAUCAGCUGUGGAAAAUGCAGUUGCUAUAAUGCAAGAGAAGGGUCUCUCAAAUCCACGCAGAUCUAGGCAUUGCCUUACACCUGGCACCGUUAAAUAUGCGGCAUUUCAUGUUCUUUCUCUUGAGGGGAGCAAAGGUCUAUCAAUAUUGGAUGUUGCAGAGAAGAUUCAGAAAUCUGGAUUGAGGGAUCUUUCCACAAGCAGAACGCCAGAAGCUUCAGUUGCUGCUGCUCUGUCAAGGGAUACAAAGCUAUUUGAGAGGACAGCUCCAUCCACAUACUGUGUGCGUACACCAUACAGGAAAGACCCUUCUGACGCUGAGGCUAUCCUUUCCGCAGCCAGGGAAAAAAUCCGAAUAUUUAAAAGUGGUCUUGUGGAAGAAGAUGCUGAUGAAGCUGAAAGAGAUGAAGAUUCUGAGAGUGAUGGAGCCGAGGAUCCUGAAGUUGAUGAUUUAGAUGCUGAAUUAAGUCCUAAGAAAGAGGAUUACUGUACUUCAGAAACAGGAAAGUUCUCUCACGAAGCUGUACUGGAUAAUGGAAAGGAAGAGGAAGAGGCUGUAAAAAAGGAACCAGUGUUCACUGAAAAGGGUGAUGGUUUAUUUUUAAUGUGUUCUGAAGACACUAGUUCUUUACAAGGUGUCAGUGAUGCUGUCACUCCUGUCGAGAAUAGAACUAUCUCCAGUCUUGAUGAAGAGGAUGCAGAUAUUGACGAGAGUAGCCCUGGUGAACUGUGGGUUCAGGGAUUGAUGGAGGGUGAAUACUCUGAUCUGACUGUUGAGGAGCGCCUUAAUGCCCUUGUUGCAUUGAUUGGUGUGGCAAUUGAAGGGAAUUCAAUUCGUCUUGCUCUAGAGGAGCGCCUAGAUGCAGCAAAUGCUCUUAAGAAGCAAAUGUGGGCAGAGGCACAACUUGAUAAGCGUCGCAUAAAAGAAGAAUAUUUAGUGAAGCAAUACUCAUCAUUUGCAGGAAAUAAUCUUAUGACCCUAGUGCCAGAGGGUAGGAUGAGCCCGCUGGCAGCUCUUGAUGAGAAAAUCAAGGAUGUACCUCCGAGUACUAUGGUUCCACUUGAACAACCAAGGGACCCUCAUAAUGAUGUAAAUCAUCAUAAUACUUUGCCUUCCGAAGUUAACAUUCAAAUGCAAGAUUUCCCCUUGGGUGCCGAUAAUCUACCGCACCAACAUCCAGGACAUGUCACUGAACGAUCCCGCUCACAUUUAAAAUCUUGUGUUCAUCAUAAGGCAGAAGAGACUUAUGUAUAUAGGUCACUUCCCCUUGGUUUAGAUCGCAGACGCAAUCGGUAUUGGCAGUUUGUAACAUCUCCAUCUCAUAAUGAUCCUGGUUCUGGUAGGAUAUUUGUCGAGUUACAUGAUGGACGUUGGAGGCUUAUUGAUUCAGAAGAGGGUUUUGAUGCUCUUGUAGCAUGUUUGGAUGUCCGUGGCAUUAGGGAAUCCCAUUUACGCUUGAUGUUGCAUAGGAUCGAAAAGUCAUUUAAGGAGACUGUCAGAAGGAACAUGCUACAAGUAACCACUAAGAAGAAUGUUGGUUGUUUCCUCAAAGAUGAAGCUGUUGAUUUAGGAGAUGCUCCUGAUGGCGUUGAAAGCCCUAGAAGUGCUGUUUAUCCUACUGAACCUGAGAUGUGCGAGACCUCUACGUCAUUUGCUAUUGAACUUGGAAGAAAUGGAAGUGAAGAAAACAAUUCCUUGAAGAGGUUUUGUGACUUUGAGAGGUGGAUGUGGAAAGAAUGCUUUAGUUCGAUGAUGCUAUUGUCCGCAUCCAAGUAUGGGCAAAAAAGAUGCCCACAGCUACUGGGACUUUGUGCUGAUUGCCAUGAUAUAUACUUUUACGAAGAUGACUCAUGUCCAUCUUGCAAUAAAGCACUUGAACCCUCCAAGAGUAGCUUGGAUUUUGUUCAACAUCUGUUUGAACUAGAAAAUCAAGUUGUAGAUCUUCCUCACAAGUCAUAUGGUUAUUCUCCUGUGAGGAUCCGGGUACCUAAAUUGCUAUUAGCAUUAAUUGAGGUCUCACUCCCUCCAGAAGCACUUGAACCUCAUUGGACAAGUGCUAUGAGGAAAUCAUGGAGUAUGAAGUUGAGGUCCAUCUCAUCAGCCGAAGAGCAACUUCAGGCUUUGACUUUAUUGGAAGCUGCUGUAAGGAAGGAUUAUCUGUCCUCUAACUUUGAAACCACAAGUGAACUGCUAGGAUGGUCUGAUCCACUGGGAUUUUCUACUGCUAUUUCAAAAAGUAUGGAUACGGUUCCUAUACUUCCAUGGUUGCCACGUACAACAGCAGCUGCAGCUUUAAGAAUAAUGGAAUUCGAUGCAUCUAUCUCCUACAUUCUCCAGCAGAAAGUUGAAUUCCAGAAGGAUAAAGUUGCUGGGGACUUCAAUAAGCUUGCUUCCACCAAGUAUGCUGUGGUCAACAGCUCAAACCAUAAUCAAGCCUCUGGAACUAUCCCUCAAGCUGGAUCAUAUCAAGAUGAGAGUUGGAUCGAUGUUGGGAAUGGACUCGGUAUUGGCUUCAGCAAUGAACGAGGGAAUCGUGGAAGGAGCCGCGGACGAACAACUCAUAAUACAAGUUCUCAUCAGAGAAAUAUCACUGGCCCGAGAUCAGGCUCCCGCAAGUUAGCAUCUAGCAGCGAGGGGUUAUUGGCAUGGAAAGGGCGACCUCGUGCCCGGGGUGGUCGUAAGCGUGGUCGCCGCAGUGCAAGAAGUCGGCAGAGAUCAUCAGCCAAGAUAACAACUGUCGGACUCCCUGAAAGAGAGAUUCCACAAGGAACCUUGUAUAAGAAGCAAAGAGGAGACACCAGCAGAGAAGAAGAAUGGAAUAUUGAAGAAACUGGAUUUCCUGUGGUGGAUGAAAUGGAAAAUGGCAGUAGUUCUGAGAGGUCAGAUUAUGAUGACGAUGGAAAUGGGCAACAAGUCGUAGAUGAUGAUUUCUACCACGACGAUCUGGUGGCAGCUGAUGACUAUGCCAGUGGCGACCUUGCUGGUAAAACUGGUGAGUUUCAGUUGCUGAGUGAUGAUGAUUUGGAAGUGAAUGAAGAUGGGGAAGAAGAGGAAGAAGAGAUUGAUGAAUCUGGAGAUGGAGGUGGAGAAAUGGACAUCGAUGGGUACAUAAAUGCAGAUUCCGAUGACGGAAUUCAGGAUCGAGACAGAGACUCAGAUGGGACAGCGUCAUCAGGUUUCAGUGACUAGAUUCAAGAUUUACUGAGAAUUAGAUAAAGGCAGGCAGCUUCUAGGAAUUGUUGUAAUCUCUUACUGUUGUACUAACUCCAUUAUGUAGAAUCGCUGAACUUGUAGUUGGUCAUGAAUAUAUCUAGAAUGAGGAAAUUGUGCAUAGCUGACAGCACCCUGUCUUUCAAAAUUGAAUCAUCAUUUUAAGAACCAAGAAACCACAAUGCAUAUCUCGCUGCUACAGCCUACUGCUUCUAUUCGGCAGGGUACCUACGAAUUUUCAGCAAGGACACGGGCAUACAAGGACCCAUUUAUUGAUGAAAAACAUGAAGUAGCGCUAAUCAGCCACCAAAUUGUAUCGCCAUGAUCGGUCCAGGAUUCACACUACUACAUGCUCUGAGCUACCCCAAACCAUAAGUAAACAAACAAAGUAGCUCUCAAAACAAGAAUGUAGAUUUGGAAUAUUCACAAUCAUAUGCCUGUUUCUUCCUCAAGCGCCAAAGAGCUUCUUGAUGCCAGCCUUCUGCUCUGAGGUUAGCCGUGCAGGGAACCUGAUACUGAACUUGAUCCUCAAGUUUCCUCUCCUCGGGGGAUCUUUAGGGAUUGGCAUCCCUUCCCCGGUGACAACUUCCUCAUACGUCGGAUGAAUCACGUUUUUGACCGGAAUAGUCAAGCUUCUCCCAUCCAAGGUUGUGAGAUGGGCAGUGUAGCCGGUCAGCGCCUCUGCCAAUGAGAUCUUUUGCGAGACGACCAAGUCAUUUCCAUCUCGUGUGAACACACGAUGUGGCUUCUCAUCAAUGACGAAAACCAGGUCAGCAGGAAUGAUGCCUGGCUGCUCAUUACCUUUCUCGGUGAAUGUGAUCUUGGUGCCUUUUUUCCAUCCUGCCUUUAUAUCAAUGUUUAUAAUCUCUUCCACCUGCAUGGACUUGCUGCAAUACAUCAUAAAAGAAAGAGAAAACAGUUAGUCGGCAACAUUUGACCCGCACCAAUGAAGGAGCGUUUGGGCUUCUAAUAUGCUUGAAUAUGCUGAUUGAGCUGACAGCGAUAUGGAUGUUUGCAUUAAGCAAUAUUCAACCAGCACAAGAAAUUCAACUACUCAUGAUUCAGAGAAGGUGAUCUUGAAAUUAUGCUUCUCCAUAUUAAUGGUACCCCUUAGUUCAAUCAGUCUUUUUGAUCCACCUAUCAUCUUUGGUAUAAGCAAUCAUUCCAAAUCAACUGAAAAGCCUAGAUCAAAGCAAAUAACGAGGCAGACUCACACAGGUGUAGAAUACAAACGUUCAAGCCUUAAACAGAUCCUCAAAGAGAUAACAAUUUCUAAAACCCUACAAAACCUUAUUCAUAAGUCAGCACCCUCAAGCACAACUCACAAAAGCAUCCUAGCUGUUAGUUACCAUUGAGAACCGACUGGAAUGAUUCUCCAAUUCAGGAACUAAGCAUAACUACUUGGUAAGUCUAACGCACAAGGUAGAAACUUCUUUGCUUAUUUCAUAUCCAAGGAUAACCUAAUGCUACCACCAGAAAGGAAAACAAGAGCUAACAGAUAGCAGACACUUUAUGGUGAACCAAACUAAAGAAAACCAUACUUCGAAACCAAGACAGGAGAGCAAAAAAACGUAAGAACACACCCUGGUACCGCACUUACUUGCUUGCAUCAACUAUCUCUCUAGAAAUCUUCAUCUUCUUGGUAGUACCCUUGUAGAGCUCCUCAAGGCUACAAUGAAGAUUAUUCUCAAUUGGGGCGGCCUUUCUAGGAGCACUUUGGUGCAUUGAACCACCUCCUUCACCAUACGAUCCAAAGAUAUUAUCACCAAAGAAGGCACUAGGAAACCUUGUUCCUCUACCUCCACCCAUUCCUCCCAUCCCGCCCAUGCCUCCAAAGGGGCUCGACUGACCAAAAACCUCGGCGAAGAUAUCAUCAGCAUUACGAGGAUUAAAUCUGAAUGAAGAUGGCAUCUCUCCCCCGGAGAAGUAAGAAGUUCCACCGGCAUUAGGUGGUGGUACUUGACCCUUUAGACCCUCUUCACCGUAUUGAUCAUACACUGCCCUCUUCUGAGAGUCGCUGAGAACCUCAUACGCCUCAGAGAUUUGUUUGAACCUGGCUUCGGCAUCCUUCUUGUUGUUAGGAUUCUUAUCGGGAUGCCACUUCAUAGCGAGCUUCCUAUAAGCCUUCUUCAAAUCGUCAUCGCUGGCGUUCCUGUCCACUUGCAAUAUCUUGUAGUAAUCAACCCCCAUUGCUCCUUUUUCUUGAAUGCCCUCCUUCAAUUUGCUGCGUUCGCUAACUAUGAGAGAAGGAACCCCAAAACCCCCGUGGAAAAUCAGCCGCAAGAAAGCUUUUAAAGCUGCUUCUUUUCUUUGUUCGCUCUGGGGUUCGCGUUGAUGUUGCAGUUGUUGUAUUUUGGUAGGGCUCUUUGCUUUGCGUUUGGCGCUGAUGAUUUGAGAAACCAGAGGAAGCUUCUGGAAACAACUCACCCAC